AUGACUAUUGUCAAGGCUAUAACAGGAUUUUUGAUAGUUAUUAUUGUUGUUUGUAAUGGUCAAUUUUUAACACCAGAUCAAUUACGAGAACAACAUGAUUUGGGUUAUGGUGCGAGAACACAUUAUGAAAUGUCUGGAAGUCGACGAACAGAUAUGUUCGGUCGUGUUAAUCCCGAUUAUUUACUUCGCGGAUUUUUUCCAUUUUGGUCGAUAGUACUUGUUGCUUUUGCAUUAUUAUUUUUAACAAUAUCUGUUAUUGGACUUAUUGGUUAUUUAUUAGGAUGUCGUCGACCAACUCCUGAAGAACUUUAUGCGAAUGAAUUUGAACAAUUAACACCAGAUGAUGAAUUUUUACUAGGUGGAGGUGGUGUAACAAGUGUAGAUGAGACUAAAACAUCAACUAAUGGAUAUUUUAAUAAUAAUACUGAUCGACAGAAUUAUCAUUAUAACUCAUCGCCAUCAGCAGAACGAACACGUAUUGGACAGAGUGAUGAAGAUAUGGUGUAA